AUGGCUGAUGAGAAUAUUCCAGUCUCGCAGUCGGCAGACUCGCCGAGUCCAUCAUCGAAGCCUCCAUCAUCGCAGCCUUCAUCUUCGAAGUCUUCAUCCUUGAAGCCUCCAUGGUCGGAGCUUUCAUCCUCGGAGCUUUCAUCUUCGAAGUCUUCGUCCCCCAAGCCUCCGUCCUCAGAGCCUUCAAGUUUUCAGUUUCCAUCGCAAGUUUCUUCCACCAUCGAUCCCCCAAUCGCCCCGAUUCUUGCUGAGAUCGCAAGGGAUCACCCGGAUGAGCUGUGGGAAGCAGCACUGGCAUAUCAUGGCUGCUCCAGGACCGAAAAGCCCGAGGAAAAAUCCCCUAGAUGGACUUGCUGCGGUCUCAGGCCGCUUAUAUCCAGAUCCAUGGGGAUGCUUGGCGUCAUCGUGUUUUGUCUCGCAGCCGCUGCCAUUCUCACCAUGAUCUUCGUUUACGUCCCCAUCACCCAGGCUUCGAGCAGGAAACAUGCCAAAACCGCAGUGUCUUCAUCUGAAGUUCCAUUUAACACAGAGCUGUCCACUUUCAACACCACAGCCUCUGCCUCCACGCCUAGCAUUACAGCAGCCCCGGCCCUAGCCAAGCAUGAACGCCGCUCUCCUUCAUCAUUGAUCUAUUUGACCUCGCCUGCAACAUCUCGUCCAGUCGCGAGCAUCAUCCCUAGCUUGCUGCCGGCUUCACGCUCUUUGAUGCUCAACAUUGGAGAGACAUCCAGCCCAGUCAGAAGUAUACCCCACAGUUCGCAAGAACUCUCAAGCUCUUCUGCCCUUAGAACUGGCGUGCCCCCAUGGUCUGAAUCGACGUUUCGGAUCUUGCCGAUCACAACAGGCCGUACACCCAGCACAACUUUUGCUACUCGACCUCUGCGGUCAACCCAGCCUGCGAUGCCAACCCCGGGCACCACCGCCCUGAAAGAACCAAUGACAAUUAACCUUGCUUACAGAUAUCAUUAA